AUGGCGACUAUACAGAUGCCAAGGAAAUACAAGUAUCCACAUCUGCCAAACCAAUGUAUCCGAGUCCUGGAGCUCCAGCCUGAAACUUCAGCCGACGCAGGACUCAGGUGUCGACUCGUUGUCCAGAAGAUCGAUAAUAUCCCGUAUGAGGCAUUAUCGUAUGUAUGGGGCAAACCAACGGUGUACCACUCGGCUAUAUACUGCCAAGACGGCACCGAUGAGGACGAUGAAGGGGAGAUUCGCAUAGGUGGCAACCUAACCAGAGCCCUUAUCGCUUAUCGCUUGACGGAUAGGCCCCGGCGCAUAUGGGUCGAUGCGAUAUGUAUUAAUCAGGAUGAUCUUGCAGAGCGUCAAGCGCAAGUGAGGAUGAUGGGUGCUAUUUUUCAUGGUGCUCAACAAGUGCUCUGCUGGCUAGGCGGGUUCAAGAAUCCCGAGCUUGAAGAGCCAGCAGCCUUAAUCGCCAUCGGGUUCCUACGUCAAUUCAACACAGAUCCUGCCGGCGAACUGCGAAAAGUUCAGGAGUAUCUACACCAUGAUGUCAAAAGUCAGGCCGACGAUUUGAUUCAUAUGUCCUGGCUAGGGAUCAAAAUCUUAUUCGAUAUCGAGUAUUUCCAUCGGGCUUGGAUCAUCCAGGAGGUAGGGUUGGCUCAUCGCGCCAUUCUAUCCUGGGGUAGAAGCGACGUCUGCUUAGACUGGGUCGAAAUAGCCCUGUUCUCCAGUUUCAUGGAUGCUAAUGGGGCUUCUAUCGUUAAUCGCUUUGACUUGAAGUCUUGGGUCUGCAAUCAUAUUAGCCUCGUAUGGUCGAAGAGGCCCGACGGCCAACCCGUAUUCGACUUCUCCGAGGUCCUCCACUGGGCUCGUAUACACCUGUCCACUGAUCCUCGGGAUUAUGUCUACGCCUUACUUGGCCAUCCAAGUGCAACGAUAGAGGGGGAGCUGAUCAUUGAACCUAGUUAUAUGAUAUCAACGGCUCAAGUCUAUACGAACCUGGCGAGCAAUAUCAUCGAGCGGACCAACAGCGUCCAUAUUUUGGCGUUCGUUGAUCAUGGCGGAGAACUGGACUCAUCAGAGCUGGCCACAUGGGUGCCUGACUGGCACGCUCCUAAUGUCGUUGCGCCACUUAGAUUCCCGACAUGUGCAGCACCCAAAUCAGUCGAAUGCAUAUCAAUUGAUCCUGAUAGGAGAUUACUCCGUUGCCAGGGCUUCGUCGUCGACACCCUGGUCGCGUAUUCAGACAUGAUCGUUCCAAAGGAGCUUCCGAUUACCACUUACGACGCCGAAAUGAAGAAGAGUAUUCCUUUUCUAGUUGAUCACAUCUACAACAGACUCGUCGUGGACACAUGCAUCCCGUUAGAGUCAUGGGAGCGAUUCGUGCAUUCUCUUAGUUCCAUCUUAACAGGUGGGACCCGUGCUGAGAAUCCCGCGGACCAAGGAGAUAAUAUGACUAGCCAAAGAGGAGACUGUGCUGCGUUCAUGCUCAAGGCUAAGCAGAUUCAACAAAGCAACAAUGCGACAGGGUUUUGGUCCAGUCUCCAAGCUGAUGAGAGGGAUGCGCUGGAGCACCUUGCUAUGAAAGGGUCACCAGCUCAGUUUAUACAGGACAUGACAUGGACAUCUAUGUGUAGAAAGGUCUUUCGGACCACAAGGGGGUAUUUUGGUCUAGGACCGCGGAUAAUGAAGAAGAAUGAUGCGAUAGUUAUCAACUUGUAG